AUUCAACAUGGGCCAGGUCCGGGAAUUUUGACACCCAUGGAUUACUUGUUGAAAGCUCGGCGGGCGAGGGGUCUUUCACAGAGCUGCUUCCCGUGGCCGCUUGACGACUGAUGAGGGACUUACAUCGGAGAGAGGUUUAAGAAGGUGGACACGACACGCAGCACCCCAUUGUUCCAAUUCCCAAUCUGUGUUAUUCACCGCCAUUUCUCUCUGUGGUGCAUGAUGGAGACUGUGAGACUACGAGUAUUGUUCAGAGACAAGGACCUACUGACCGAGUCGCUGUCGAAGGAGGGGUUGAGCCGGAGCUGGAUUGUCCUAAAAUCUCAUCUCCGAACUAUUUCAGACCUCUCCUCCUACAUCCUUUCUGUUUUUCGUCUUCAAGAUGCUUGCCCCUGCGGUCUCAUCCUUUCCAUGGAUGGCUUUGUUUUACCUCCAUUUGAGUCGGUUUGUAUCUUGAAGGAUAAGGACAUUGUCAGAGUGAAGAAGAGAAAAAGUAAGGCAAUAAAUCUCAAGGUUGGUAACGGAUUGAUUGUAACCGAAGAAUUCAGGGAGAGGAAGCCUGUUGACAAUGGAGUGAAGCUUCUGGCUGACAAGGAGUUUGAAAAUGAAUCUGAUGGCUAUGAGAGUGAAUCAGAGGAAGAAAAACCUAAGGCGACCUUGCCAGUUGAAGCUUCGCCAGUCAUGAAAAAAGUGUCCAAGAAAAGAAAAGCUUCAAAGAUAAUUCGUAACUCAAAGAGGAAGAAAAAUAAAUCUUCCCCUACUGAAGAAUUUCCAACUAUCAUAGCAGAUGUUCAGCAUGCUAAUGAAAAGCAUGAAGAAAUCAAGCAUCUGAAGUCUAACAAGUCUAACCUCCCACAAAAGGUCCUAGUCAACAAAAACGAUUCCUCCAGCAGUUCUAGUGAAUGUGAAUCAGAUACGUCCAACACCACUGAAAUUGAUGGAAGAAGCAAAAAUACUAUUGAGUCAACUGCCAAUGCAGACAGGAUUGAUCAGCUUGGAGUUGGCAGGAGACAUGUUGAGUCGUCCAAAACAGCUAGUGAAAGUAAAAAGGGUCCUAGUCGAAGUAGUCGUCGUAAGAAGGCAAAAAGGCGUUGGUUAAGGGAAAAAGCUCAAAAUGAAGAGCGACAGCAGCAGUUACUUGAAACAAGUAUUGAUCAAGGACCUAGUCAAAAUGAUGAUGUUGAUAUGGACGAUGAAACUGUUCCUGUGGUAGUUAAGCCAGGACACAUUCGCUUUGAGCCAAUUGGAAAAGUUGCUGCAGAUCAGGCUGGGGAGCAAAAGCAAGACCAUUUCCCCACGGAAACAUUGCAUUGGAAUGGCAUAACCAACAAGAAGAAGGGUCAAAAAUGGGGCAAAGAAAAAACUCCAUCUUGGAAGAGAAAUAAUUCUAACAAUUUUACAGGCGAACCUCUUCAAUUGCCUACUUCUGAAACUGAGCAACCUAAAGCUCCGGAACCUGUGGUUGGUCCCAUAAAUUUUGAUGAACUUAGACCAUGCACUGGCUCACCUCAGGAAGGUGAUUUAGUUGCAUAUCGUUUGAUUGAGUUAUCGUCAACCUGGACACCUGAGAUUUCCUCCUUCCGAGUUGGAAAAGUAUCAUGGUAUGACAUUGAAUCCAAUCGAAUUAUGCUAAUACCAGUUCCGGAAUACCCAUUAUCUUUCAAAAAGGAGAUAGACGAGGAUUCUGCCUCACAAUCAGAUACAACCCCAUAUGGGGAAGAUGGCUCUUUGAAGAUAGAUUUUGCCUCUCUUGUUGAUCUUCGGCUUAUCAAGCAAGGAAACUUGGAUUCUUCAAAAGCUGCGGUUAACAAGGAAAUCACUUCUGUUAAUCAAACUGCAGAAAGUUCCAUGCCCAUCCAUAACAAUGGGGACGCCAACAAUGCCAAACAAGGUAAUGGGAAAGUAAGUGCGUGGGAUGAAAUCAGUGAGGCUCUGAGUGCAAAGAAAGCCGAGCUUUCUCAGAAUGAUGGUUGGAACCAAGAAGAGAGUUCAGGACGGAGGUCAUGGUCCCAUAGGGGACUAAGAGGCAGCGCCCUUGGUCCAGUAAUGGCUCUAUUAAGAGCUCAGAAUGAACUUUAAGAAAAUAUCCUGGGUCCAAUCAACGUCCAUGUAUAUCGCUGCCAAGAAGACAUGCUCUUGUCAAAGUUGUAUAGGUUGGAAUCUGUAGGUACUAGUUUUCUGUGGUGGUGCUGACUUCGUCAAGUUCAGUCAUUUGCGAUCUUUGGAAGAGACAUGUUUUGAAGUCUCGGAUUUGGGUGACAAGAUAAAUUUUGUAGUAUUGCAUGCCAGACCAACCAGUACGUCCUGCACAGCAAGUCUAUAUAAACUGUUGACGACACAGCUUCAAUGGAUGUUAUCUGUAGUUUUAUCACAAUGGAAAGCAGCUCUCAAAUUUCCUAUGCACGGAAAUUUGGGUAGCUUGAAUUUUUAUAGUUUGAGCAACUAUUUAAAUGGUUUUUGGCUAUGAAUU